UCUAUUCUAGCAGGUAGUAUCACUUGUUUCUGUCGCCAUGGCUAGUGAAGCACCUGCAACUACUCGCCAGUACCAGUUUGUGGUCUUUGGGGCUUCCGGUUUUACCGGGCGCUAUGUGGUGGAAGAGCUGGCUCGGGUGAUGAUCGAGGGAGAGACGAAAACCCCCAAACUCCGCUGGGCAGUGGCAGGAAGGAGCCAGGUCAAGCUGGAAGAAAUCGUGGCACGGUUGGCCCGCAAAAUCGGAAAACCACAACUUAAAUCUGAGAUUGGCAUUCUAAUAUGUGAUGUUGAUGAUUACGCCACUCUCACCAGAAUGUGUAAAAAGGCUGCUAUAGUCCUGAACUGUGUCGGACCUUACACUUUAUAUGGUGAGCCUGUGAUAAAGGCUUGUAUUGAGAACGGCGCAAACUAUCUUGAUCUUUGUGGAGAACCUCAGUUCCUAGAAGAAAUGUACCUAAAAUAUGACAAGAAGGCAGCUGAAAAGGGAGUAUAUAUUGUUGGCAGUGCAGGUUUUACCUCCAUUGUGGCAGAACUUGGAGUCUUGUUCACUAAAAGCAAAAUGGAAGGUACUCUGACUGCAGUUGAAAGCUUCUUCUAUAAUGUGCCAGAGUCGGUGAUCUAUCAUAAUGGGUCAUGGAAAUCCUUUGUUCAUGGAAUUGGGUACCAGAAUAGUCUUAAGAAGAUCAAAAAUCAAAUGUCACACAAACCCCUUCCUGUCUUCUGUAAAACAUUAAAGAGGGAUCCAGGACUAUAUGCAAUUCCUCUUUUGGGAGCAGAUACCUCUGUGGUUACAAGGACCCACCGAUACCUGUAUGAACAUCUUCAGGAAUCACCAGUGUAUUACUCAGCAAACGUAGCAGUGAGUAGCUUUGUAUCAGCAGUGUUGCUGACUCUUGCUGUAUUCCUCAUGUCACUUCUUGCAACAUUUUCCUGGGGGAGAAAUAUUCUUAUAAAGUAUCCUAGGUUCUUCUCAUGUGGAACAUUUUCAGCAGAAGGACCAACACAACGACAGAUUGAUGAAACCUCUUUUAAAAUCAAAUUCAUUGGUGAGGGCUGCAGUAAAGGCAGGGAUGGACAGAAAGACAUUCCAGAUCUUAAAAUCCGCACAGAAGUCUCAGGGCCAGAAGCUGCUUAUGUGACUACUCCUAUAGUAAUUGUACAGGCUGCAAUGACCAUCUUCAAGGAGCCAGGUGCUCUACCAAAGGGGGGUGGUGUAUUCUCUCCUGGGGCAGCAUUCUCAAAAACAAGAAUCAUUGAUCGUCUCAGGAAAGCAGGCCUUCACUUUGACAUAAAAAUAAAAAACUAAACUGCUAUGCUGAUGCAAUAUGUCUAACUGGAAAUGACCUAUGGCACAGGAACAAAUGUAUAAGUGUAUGUUCUGAUUGUAUUUAAUAAACUGUACU